AUGGUCAAUUCAGAGGACGAUGAUGAUGCUUAUCUUUAUGGUUCAGAUGAGGAGGAACAGCCAGUGAGUAAGAAGCAAAAGGUAGCGGAGACCCUAGGGGUGAAGAAAGACCAUGGUGAGGGGGGAGAAGGAGGAGAAGAUGCUAAUAAGAAGGAUGUUGAAGAAGAAGAGGAUGAUGAUAAAGAAGAAAAGGAUGAUGAUGAAGUGGAUGACGAUGACGACGAUGACGACGAUGAAGAGGAUGACGAUGAUGAUGACGAUGAUGAUGAUGAUGACUUUAAUAUUAUUAUAGGAGACGCAACUAAGGAUGAGGCAUCGGCCUCUGCCGAACCUGUUUCUGAAACUGGUACAGCCCAGAACAAAUCUCAAUCUCAAUCAACACAAAUCACAACCAAGACGUCUAGUAUCGACAUAAAUACCGUCCCAGAAUACGAAGGGAAACCUCUAACCCAACUCGAUUUGGAAAUAUUUAAAGUAAAACCUUGGAGAGCUCCAGGUGCCGAUAUAUCGGACUACUUCAACUUUGGAUUUGACGAGUUUACUUGGACUGCUUAUUGCCACAAACAAGACAAGUUAAGGGGCGAAUUCAAUCCCCAGAAAGUUAUGACAGAUAUAAUGAAGGGACCGGGUGCUAUUGCUCCUCCUCCUCAGGUUAAUGGAUCUUCAGCGCCAGGAUCACAGGUGGUGCCGCCGCCAAUGGGCAUGUUCCCACCGCCCGGAAUGCCUCCAGGGAUGUCUCCAAUGAUGAUGCCUCCGGGAAUGCCAAUGCCACCAGGAAUGCAGAUGCCACCAGGAAUGCCGCCGUUAAAUAUGGCCAAUAUGCCUCCCAUGCCAAACUUCAACUUUCAAAAAUGA